AUGUCGUCGUACAACAUUGUCGUUUUUGCCGGUGACCAUGCCGGUCCGGAGUGCACCGCCGAGGCCGUCAAGAUCCUCAGGACAAUUGAGGCUCACAGCCCGGCCAAGCCCAAGUUCAACCUGCAGGAUCACCUGCUCGGUGGUGCCUCCAUCGACGCAACCGGCAGCGCCCUGACCGACGAGGCCCUCAACGCCGCCAAGGCCGCCGACGCCGUCCUCCUCGGCGCCGUCGGCGGCCCGGAGUGGGGUCCCGACGCGCCCGUCCGGCCGGAGCAGGGCAUCCUGAAGCUCCGCAAGGAGCUCGGCACCUUUGGCAACCUGCGCCCCUGCAGCUUCGCCUCGGACUCGCUCGUCGACUCGUCCCCGCUCAAGGCCGAGGUCUGCCGCGGCACCGACUUCACCGUCGUCCGCGAGCUCACGGGCGGCAUCUACUUUGGCGACCGCAAGGAGGACGACGGCUCCGGAUACGCCCUCGACACCGAGCCCUACAGCCGCGCCGAGAUCGAGCGCAUCGCCCGCCUCGGCGGCUUCCUCGCACUGGCGCAGGACCCGCCCGCCGCCGUCUGGUCCCUCGACAAGGCCAACGUGCUCGCGACGAGCCGCCUCUGGCGCAAGACCGUCACCGACGUCUUCGCGCGCGAGUUCCCCCAGCUCAAGCUCGGCCACCAGCUCAUCGACUCGGCCGCCAUGCUCAUGGUCAAGAACCCGCGCGCCCUCAACGGCGUCGUCAUCACGAGCAACCUCUUUGGCGACAUCAUCAGCGACGAGGCCAGCGUCAUCCCCGGCAGCAUCGGCCUGCUGCCCAGCGCCAGCCUCGGCGGCAUCCCCGACGGCAAGGGCAAGUGCAACGGCAUCUACGAGCCCAUCCACGGCUCCGCCCCGGACAUCUCGGGCAAGGGCCUCGUCAACCCCGUCGGCACCAUCCUGUCCAUCGCCAUGAUGCUCAGGUACUCGCUGCGCCUGCCCAAGGAGGCCGCGGCCGUCGAGCGGGCCGUCAAGGCCGCCAUCGACAACGGCACCCGCACCAAGGACCUCGGCGGCAGCGCCGGCACCAAGGACAUGGGCGACGCUGUUGUCGCCGAGCUGGAGAAGAUCCUGAAGCAAUAG